UAGGGAAGCACAGGAAGGGUUAGACAAAGUUUGGUUCUGAUUGGUUGGAAGAAUGCGCGUUGUUUUAUCAAACUUUUUUUAUUAUUGCGGUAGCGUCCAUUUUGUGGAAGGUUAAGCAUUAAGGCAUUUUUUUAAUUAUUUGAGAGCUUCUAAUCCAAGCGCUGUAGUGGGCCUUCAAAAAAAUGAAGCUUUUUAUCGGCAACGUGGACGAACAGGUGACUGAGGAUGAUCUCCAUGGGUUGUUCAGUAAAUACGGCACUGUGACUAGUUGCGCAGUAAUGAAGCAAUAUGCCUUUGUACAUAUGAAAGAAGACGACGCAGCUAGACGAGCUAUUGAAGGGCUGAACGGCUUUACUCUUCAUGGGCGGACGAUCGCAGUUGAAUAUUCCAAACCUCGUCCUGCUCACACCACCAAGGUUUUCGUUGGAAAUAUUGGGGCAGGAUGUUCUAGUAGGGAACUGCGAGAACGCUUUGAAAAAUUUGGAAGAGUUGUUGAAUGCGACGUUGUACGAGAAUAUGCUUUUGUUCACAUGGAGAAGGAAAGUGAUGCAUUGAAAGCUAUUGAACAUCUGAAUGGAACAGAAAUAAAAGGCAAGAUUGUUUGUGUUGAGCUUUCAAAGACCAAUAGAAGAGACCGCCCAACUGCUCAAACACAGCAAAUUGAACGAGAAAGAGAGAGAGGCAGAGACAGAAACCGAGAGAGAGAGAGAGGGAGGAGAGGUGAACGACUUGAUGCAUUAGAGAGAAGAACCUCUAAUGCUCCUUCAAACUACCCUUCUAGGGAUCCAUUUGCAGCUGCAGUUUACCGCUCACGUCCAGAGUAUGGAAGUCGGUACAGCCCAUCUCUAGACGUGAGGAAAAGACCAGUCUCCCCUCUCUAUGGGAGAGACAGAAGCCCCCUACGUUCGUCGUUAUCAUCUUACUUGUCAUCAUCAGAACGAAGCCUGACAACAUCCUCUUCUGCAGCCCCAUUAUAUGAACGCACACGGCUUUCUCCUCCUCGUGCAUCAGGCGGUUUGGAAAGCAGUUAUAGAAGACUGGCAGAUGAUUCUCUCAUUAGCAGGUAUGGUCUUGAACGCAGUUUUGAACGCAGUUUACCAGAAUUAUCGGAUACUCGACGUUACUCUGAACUUGAGUCUUACCGUCGUACUGUGGAUCAUCCCACUGAUUAUCGCCGUCUUCCAGAGUCAAAGUUAGAUUUCCGUCGUCCUGCCGAUGACUUGUCUGAUUACCGCCUUUCUCCAAACGCCGAUUACCGCAGUUCAGCACAGCUAAGCGCUGAUUGGCGCAGUUCAGCACGUCUAGGUGUUGAUUAUUAGUGUCAUGAUGUAUAAUCUGUCUUUCUUGGAUUUAAGCAUCAAAGUUUAUCAUCUUGGUUUCAACACUGCAGUUGAGGACAUAAACCUUUUAAACGAAAAUAUUAGGACUUGCCAUCUGUAACUUUUUUUUUUCUGUUCAUAAAGUAUCCUGAAAAAACUUGUUUCUGAUAUUGAGCAUUUUUUGAGGGGGUGCUGGUUGUAGUUCAGCAUCUGGCUGGAGGACUUGAGGCUACCACUUGUCCUCUUUGGAUUCUAAGGUUUUGUGUGUGUGUGUGUGUGUGUGUGGGGGGGGGGGGUUGCAGCCUUUUGAUAUACGAUGGUCUGCUGGCUGUGACUUUAGGUAUAGUAGGAAAAAUUUAUGUUUGCAAGAAAAUGAGUAGUGUGUUCCGUAGCAUAAAGAUCCUAACUUUGCAUUACAGAGUUAGGAUAUCUCCGUUCUUUUUGAUAGUCUCUUCAUGUCCUCCCCGGUAAUAAUUUUUUUUUGCGCAGUGCUGGUUUUGAGUUGAAGGUUGAGUAUUACAGGAGUGAUUUUUUUUUUUGGUAAUUCCACCUUCCUGAUGCUUUGUCAUGCUCUGGAGUCUAUGAAUAUUUUUUGGGGAGCAAGCUGUAUAACAAUCGAAGCUGAUAGCAUUAGUUGGAGCAUGUAGCAGUCUGAGCUCCUUUGUCUCAAAUUUAUCUGCAGUAUUACAGAAACGCUCAGUUUUAACCCCCCCCCCUUCCCUUUGUCUGACCCAGUUGUGACCCUGCAACUUAUUGUACAGGUAAGACUUGUCUUUGCUUAUUUUAUCAUGAAGAGCAGUACAAGUUAAGUAACCUUCCUUAUUACUUUUGUACAGCUGCAUACUGCAUCUUUACACUUUUUUGAUUUAUUGCGUAACUGAUGUGCAACAAAUGCUCAUUUAAGUUUGAGUAGGGUUUUACUCUAAAGUUUGUUUUACGGAUUCUAUUUUUUUACAUGACAGUUCAGUGUGAUAUUAAUUCUAUAAAUUUACAUGCAAGUUAACAGUUUGUGGGGUGUUAACUGCUUUUGUAAAAUGACUGAUCUAGUUAAGGGGCACAUUAAUUAGUUGUGUCCUUUUGUUAGCUAGACAGGCUGUAGUGCCUUUUUUCACUGCAGUGGAAGUAUUUCACGUACUUUGGAUCCAUUUGACCUGUUCAGUGUUUACCCUGUUUUCUCUUUAGAAACAUGCACCUGAGUGAACGAAGUUUCACACUGCACUCUAAUCCUUUCAGCCUCUUGCUGGCUCCCUGGUGUCUUGUCUUGCUGUUAUUGGUUAUAUCAGCAGAUAUGGUUUGAGUGGGGUGCAUACAGUGAGAAAUAAAUUUGGGUCUGAGAUUGUUAUCCCUGUUGUUUUCUUAUUUUGGACAGAAGCAGCUAAGAGCAUGAUUGUUUCCACAUAUUCCCCAUUGUGGAAGUCUUUUGUGUCUUUUCUGCAUGCUUAUUUCAUUACCUCUGAUUUCUGAUCCCAGUGCAAGUUUUACUGGGAUAGAGAACUGGCUUUUGGCUGGUGUCUCCACUGUUGAAACAUGGAUUCUUGUCUUCUGUUUGGGGUUCCCUUUUACUAUUUGGUAGCCAACUUUGUCUUUAGGUAAACACAAGAGGUACUUUUUUCAAAACAUUGUAGUAUUCUGAUUUCUAGCCUUGUAGCUUACUUUCCAGCUUUCAAGAGCCCUUGAUGUGAGCUGCGCCCACUUUAGAUCCUUUAUAUUUUGUCUUCUGGUUUGCUGAAAUGCCUUUUGUUUGAAUUGCUUAAUCUAAGCAUUACAUUACUCGUCACUUUGCAAAGGUUGCAUUUUCUUCAUGUACUGCUCCAUUAAAAUGGGUUUGUAGUGUGGGUCGGUACACAUGGAUAACAUUGUACCAUUCACAGAACUCUGUAGCUCCCAGCAUUCGUUGUGCUUCAAAUAAGCUGGAAUGAAAAUUAAAUUUUCUUUCAUUCAUGUUUGUUUAAAUAAUAACGUAUGUUUGCAUCUUUUUUUGUAGAGACAUUUUCAUUCACUCCAGAGUGUAAAUUUCUUUUUUGCAGGAAGAAUAAAGUUUUAAUUUUGGAA